ACGGGGCGGCUCCUUCGGCAUCCCUCGGCUUUCCCCCGCAGCGGCUGCGAUGCGCCUGAUCCAGAACAUGGGCACCAUCGCCGAGUAUCCCCAGGCAGAGAACGUCCUCGGCGGAGACGCCGGCGCCUCCGGCCGCCCUCGGCUCAUCAAGAUCGCGGUGGUGGGAGCCAGCGGGGUGGGCAAGACCGGUGAGUAUUGGGGGCGGAUGAUGCCUAGGAUUGUGCUAAUUGUUUUCUCUGAUGGAAGCAUGAAUCUAAUAAAGUUAGAAUGGUUUUCCCCACCCCGAUUUGCAAUUGUAUUCACUGCCAAUUUUUUUUUUUUACAGAAGCGUCUUCAGUUUUGCUCAUCCUUUGUUAAAAUUCUGUCUUUAUUUCUAUUGCCAGGUAACCUGUACAGCAGACAGAUUGAAAUCGAUGGAGAGACGUUUGCAAUUCAGGUGCAGGAUACACCUGGGAUACAGAUGCACAGACACAGCCUGGAUUGUAACGAACAGCUGAACAAGUGUCUCCGCUGGGCAGAUGCAGUGGUAAUCGUCUUUUCCAUUACCGAUCAUAAAAGUUACGAACUCCUUGGCCAUUUCCACCAGCACGUACGGCAGGUCCAUCCCGGGAAUCGAGUCCCCGUAGUUAUUGUCGCAAACAAAGCGGACCUCCUCCAUAUUAAGGAGGUAGAACCUCAGCGUGGACUUCAGCUGGCCGGCAUGCUGGGCUGUAAUUUCUACGAGGUCUCCGUCAGUGAGAACUACAAAGAGGUCUUCUGUGCCUUCCACAGCUUGUGCAAAGAAGUCAGUAAACAACAACCCGCAGGGACCCCGGAGAAGCGGAGGACUUCCCUCAUCUCGAGGCCCAAGUCACCCAACAUGCAAGACCUGAAGAGAAGGUUUAAGCAAGCUUUGUCGGCCAAAGUGAGAACCGUCACCUCUGUCUGAAAGGUUGAUUGACCUGGAUGGAAAACUUCUUCACGCCUUCCCUUCUCAGCGAAGAGUCCAUUGGUUCCAAGUUCGGGAACAUUUUGCUGGCGCCAAGGCCACCCAGGAAGAUCAGAGAGAGAGGAAGUGUAUGUGUUCCAGUGAUACUAGACUAGGGAGUAUAAAGCAAAGGAGAAACUCCAACAAAACUUGAAUAAGUUCCUGAAGAAGGGACACUUUUAUGCUGAAAGCAGGACAUUUGAAUGCAUUCAAAACAUUGCCAUAUUCUAUGAUGGAGGUUAGGGUAGCUUAGUAUUUGCUACCCUGUUCACUUUAGAAGAAGAUGGGGGGAAAUAUUCAGAAUGACAUUUCUUUCAUUGGAAACAGACAUCCUUAGGCUAUUGAAUUAGGGCUGGUUUCUUUUAUAAAUCUCACAAGAGACUUUUGAUUUUUUUUUUUUUAAAUCCAGUUCAUGAAGUACAUGCAUUUCUGUUCCAACAGAGCAGUAACAGAGUUUUUGGGUGUAAAACGUCUUAAACGAUUAUAUUUGAUUGCCGUGAGACAUACUGUGCUGCAAAUACUUAAGUGUAUUUUUUUUUUUUUACAACUGCAUAACAUUCUCAAGAUUUUAAGAUUUGUCUGUCGGUCUGAUGCAAUGCUGGAUUUAUUUUCAGAUAAAUCCAAAUGAACCGAUCUAAAUAUGGAUUGAAAGUCAUACUGUUUCGGUUCGUGCCACUUCUCUGUUAAGAUGUGGAGCAGGCCGUAUCUCUAAUUGAGGCGGAAGGGGCUUUCCACUGUUGUAUCAAUCUGCCGUUCGUGAUUUAACCGCUAGCCAAAUGCUGGACCAUGAGGCUCGUCCCAUAAAGCAGAAAAUGUUUAAAAUAAGAGAUGCAAAGAUAACAUGGAUGCAUUUUUAACAAAAAGCAACACUGUGCUUUCCCCUUAAGCGGUAACUUAUUUAUUUUAUGUUUCAGAAACAUGACCAGGGUACGACAUCUUUAUUUUGUGUCAUCAUUAAAUUAAACAAUGUUUUCUCAAGAA